AUGUCGAGCCAAAAAGUCCCCGAUACUGUAGUUAGCGAAUCCCCCGCUGAUGAAAACACCGACAACCCCGCCGGGAACGACCACUCCGGUGAAAGUAAUCUGGUCAACGACGCCCAGUCAUCCAGUCAGAGCGACCAAUCUAAGAACGAUAACUCGAGUGAUCAAAGUUCUCAGCCCCGUAGAGGACUUCUGGAUGGGGUCAGUAUUGUAUUCUGUAGUUCCCGCGUGGGACUUAGUGGAGGAAUGAUCCCCAGAUAUUAUACCCACGCCACUCCAAACUUGUCAGCUGGCACGCCUCCAAAUGUCCAGGUCUGUCCGGGGCGUGCAGUAGUGACUCCCACCACCUCUGCCACCUCCGCCACCACCACCACCACCACAACUUCUCACGAUGAGGCUACCGAAGAAGACACGCCGCAGUGA